AUGCUCAUUGCAGAGAUGCCGUCAGAGAAAGAACUAGAUCGCCUACCGAUCGCUGCCGAAGCUCUAUUCAAUUCGUUUCAAAAGCAACACGAAUCGACCUGUCUCCCCAAUACCCGCGUCGAUGUUCUGAAGGAAAUAUUCAACUGGGCUGGUGGCCAAGAUGAACGGAGUAUCUUCUGGCUGAACGGUCUGGCGGGAACGGGAAAGUCAACGAUUGCUCAUACUGUUGCCCGUACAUACUUAGAGAAUGGCCGUCUUGGGGCCAGCUUCUUCUUCUCAAGAGGCGGUGGAGAUGUUGGCCAUGCAGUCAAGUUCGUGACAAGCAUUGCCGUGCAGCUUGCAAGGAACGUCCCUAAUCUCUGUCGACACAUUUGUGGCGCUAUUGCGGAGCGUAACGAUAUUGCUAACCAGUCUCUGCGCGACCAAUGGCAGCAUCUUAUCGUCAGUCCUUUAUUGAAGCUAGACGACAAGGACUCCCGAUCCUCAUACGUUCUUGUCGUUGAUGCCCUCGAUGAGUGCGCUGAUGAAAACAAUAUCCGGACAAUUCUACAACUUUUAGCCAAGACACGAUCGGUGACGAAGAUACGGAUACGAAUCUUUUUAACGAGCAGACCUGAAAUUCCGAUUCGAUACGGGCUCUGUCAGAUGCCUGAUACAGAACACAAAGAUUUCGUCCUUCAUAACAUCUCGCGGUCGACUAUAAACCACGACAUCACUGUUUUCUUAGAAAGUAAACUGAGCCUUAUUGGGCAGGAACGCUCAUUCGGUGCUGGCUGGCCGGGUGAAGAUGCCAUUACACAUCUGGUUCAGAGUGCAAGUGGGCUGUUUAUCUGGGCCGCAACCGCAUGUCGUUAUAUUCAUGAAGGCGGAAGCUUGGCGGCAGAUAGGCUGUCCAUAAUCCUUCAGGGCAUUGCACCGAAUGAGCAGCUGAACAAAAUCUACCUUACCGUUCUUAGAAGCAGUGUCGGAAAUCUUCGAAAGAAAGAAAGAAAGAAAUGGUACAAACUAUUGAAAGAUACGGCUGGAAGUAUUGUUCUUCUCCUUUCUCCUCUUUCCAUACUUUCCUUGGCUCGUUUGCUUAAAGUCAGCCCAGAGCAAGUUAUUCGAACAUUAGGUGAUUUGCAUUCCAUCCUAGACAUCCCGGAUGACCUAAUCCGGCCGCUCCGUCUGCAUCACCCUUCAUUUCGCGACUUCCUCCUCGACCAGAAGAGAUGCAACGAUUUAAACUUUUGGGUUAACGAGAAGCAAGCUCAGGGAAUAUUAGCCGCCAGGUGCAUAGAGUUAAUGUCCACCUCUCUUAAGCAAGACAUCUGUGGAAUGAAAGCUCCAGGUGUGCUCGUAGCUGAUAUAUCGAGCAAUCGAGUGGAACAAUACUUUACUCCGGAGGUUCAAUAUGCAUGUCUCUGCUGGGUUCAGCAUCUUCAGAAGAGUGAUACUCGGCUUCAUGACAACGACUUAGUGCAUCAGUUCCUACAGAUGCACUUACUACAUUGGCUUGAGGCGCUGAGCUGGAUGCGGAGGAUCUCUGAAGGGAUCUAUGCAAUUACUUCUUUAGAGUCCGUUGCCCUUGAACAUGACUGUCCCCGUCUAUCCGAGUUUAUUCAAGAUGCCAAAAGAUUUGCACUAUUUAACCAGCCAGUAUUAGAGUACGCUCCUCUACAGGUCUACUGUAGUGCAUUGAUUUUUACACCUACUAUAAGUAUAGUUAGGAGGCAGUUUAAAGACCGGAUACCUCGAUGGAUGCAAAGAUUACCCAAGGUCGAGAAUGAUUGGAGUGCUCUACUGCAGACGUUCGAGGGCCACGGGGGACCGGUCGAGGCCGUGGCCUUCUCGCCGGACGGCAAGGUGGUAGCGUCGGCGUCGGACGACAGCACGGUCAAGCUAUGGGACGCCGGAUCGGGAACGGCCCUGCAGACGUUCCCUGUAGACGCUGUUAUUCAGACCCUUUCGUUCUCCAAUGAUGGGACAUCCCUCUGGACUGAAAGAGGACAGCUGCACGACGCAAUUCUUUCCCACGGUUUAGCUGUUUCCGAAUCAAUCCGUUCAUGGGAUAUAUUCGUGAAACAGCAAUGGAUAAGCUGGGGCAUGAACAACAUGCUUUGGCUUCCUUCCGAAUAUCGGCAGUGUUGCGUUGAUAUUCACAGCAACGUUGUUGCUUUCGGAUUUAGGUCUGGUCGCGUGACAGUCAUGGCAUUCGACUUUGAAUCUUACUAG